AUGGCAAGGGACCCCACGAAACGCAACCAGAACUUAUACUGUCAGUACCACCAAGAACCAGGGCACACCAUCAAAAACUGCAGAAACCUGAAAAAUCACUUGGAUCAGCUGAUCCGAGAGGGAAAAUUGAGUCAUCUCCUACAUUAUUCCAGUGGCCGACAAGAACAGAUGAACGUUGAGACAUGGAGGGACACCUUGAGACCAGCUAUAGGCACGAUAAAUGUCAUUCUCACCGCUCCCAGAAGGACCAAUUCUCAUCCUUCCAGAGUAAUGUCGGUGGCUCGACUUCCUGCUAAAAUUGAUGACCGAGAGUCUAAGAAGGCUAAGAGGAUGGCCUUACCCAUGCUGGGCUUCUCGAACGAGGAUAAUGUCAGAACUAUCCAACCCCACGAUGAUGUUCUAGUCAUCAUACUCAGGAUUGUGGGAUAUGAUGUGAAGAGAGUGUUAGUCGAUCAGGGCAGCGCUGUGAAAGUAAUGUACCUCAACCUAUACAAGGGGCUAAAUCUGAAACCCGAAGAUUUAACGGUAUAUAACUCCCCUCUGGUAAGCUUUGAAGGGAAGACCGUUACUCCUGUGAAAGUAAUGUACCUCAACCUAUACAAGGGGCUAAAUCUGAAACCCGAAGAUUUAACGGUAUAUAACUCCCCUCUGGUAAGCUUUGAAGGGAAGACCGUUACUCCGAGAAGCCAUAUUAGACUGCCCAUACAAAUAGGCUCGAACAUAAUGGAGUUGGACUUCAUAGUGGUGGACGCAUACUCACCCUACACAGCCAUUGUAGCUAGGCCUUGGCUUCAUGCCCUAGGAGCUGUUUCUUCUACCCUGCACCAAAAGGUGAAGUACCCGUUGGAGGGUCAGGUCAAAGAAGUUAUAAGGGAUCAGGCCAUGGCUCAACAAUGCAUGGUGUCCGCCAUCUCAUGA